AUGGGGUCGGGAUGGAAGGGCUCCCUCCCAAGCCCCGUCCCUCAGACUCAUUCUCGGCUCCUCGCGUUGCAGGCAGGGGGUGAAAUCCAGCGGCUCUCGCGGAGCAUCGUCCUGAACCCCAAAGGUCAACUGCAGCAGGAGCUGGUCAGAAGCCAACACCUCGAAAACCUGGUGCCCGACACAGACGCCGAGGUCUUCAUUAGCGUGCAAGGGGACCUGCUCGGCGAGACGCUGGUGGGGGGGCUGCAGAGCUCCACGCUGCAGAAGCUGAUCAAGCUGCCGUACGGGUGCGUGGAGCAGAACAUCUUCAGCGUCACCCCGAACAUCAUCCUCACCCACUACCUGGACACCACCAAGCAGUGGGACCAGAUCGGGGUGGAGCUCCGGGAUCAGUCCAUCCAGAACAUCAUCCACGGCUACACCCGCCAGCGGCGUUACAGAGAGCAUGAUGGUUCCUACAAGCCCUAUCAGGGAAGCACCGGCAGCACCUGGCUGACCGCCUACAUCCUCAAGGUGUUUGCCAUGGCCUUGCCACUGGGCACCCACAUCGACUCCAGCGAGCUGUGUGCCAGCGCCCGGUGGCUGAUCGGCCAGAGGCAGGAACCGUCUGGGCGUUUCCGCGAGGAGGCUGCAAUUUAUACACCCGCGAUGCAGGGCGGGUACCAAGGCUCCAACGCCGACGCCUCCCUCACAGCCUUCGUCCUCGUGGCGCUGAAGGAGGCCGAGUCCAUCUGCAGUAACCAUGUGAAGGAGCUGCCCAACGGCCUGCGGAAAGCCCAGGGCUACCUGGAGAGCCGUCUCCGGAGCCUGCAGAACCCCUACAGCGUGGCCAUCAGCUCCUAUGCCCUGGCCCUGGUGAACAGCCCCCUGGCCAACGCUGUCCUGGACAACUUCGCUGCCCGCAACGGGACACACUGGCCCGUGGACCAGCACACGGACCGCUCUCUGUACACCAUCGAAGCCACGGCCUACGGCCUCCUGCAGAAGUUGACCCUCGGGCGCUUUGAGGAGACCCACCCCAUCGUGCGGUGGCUGGUCGAGAGUAGGGGGUUCGGCGGGGGCUAUGAGAGCACCCAGACCACCGUGAUCGGCAUGCAGGCCCUGGCGCAGUACCGGGUCGCCGUCCCCCCCGAGAAGGUCGUCGACCUGAAGGUGCAGGUCAGCGUGCCCACGCGCAACCUGGCCGAGCUCUGGACCAUCGACAACAGCAACGCCUACCUGCAGCGCUCCAACUCCAAAAAGUUCUACGCCCAGGAAGCUUUGAACAUCACCGCCCGCGGGACGGGCACCGGCACGGUGACACUCCUGACCCUGUACCACACGCUGCCGCCAGCCCGCGAACGCGAGUGCCAGGCCUUCUGGCUGGCGGUGACCGUGGAGGACGUCCCCGAAGACAUGAAGAAGCACGAAUACAUCAACACCUUCCGGCUCCGGCUCCAGGCCAGGUCCCUGGGGCAGCGGGACGCCACAAUGACCAUCAUCGACGUCUCCCUGCUGACGGGCUUCGAGCCCGACCUGGGCGAUCUCAAGCAGCUCACUAACACCGUGGAACAGUACAUCUUCCUCUUCGAGAGCAAGGCCAGCACCAGCAACAACUCCGUCGUCCUCUACUUCAACCAGAUUUCCAAUCAGAUGGACACGGAAGUUGGGUUCCGGAUUCACCAGCGUCUGGAGCUGGGGAUGCUGCAGCCGGCCGUGGUCACCAUCUAUGAGUAUUACGAGCCUGCCCGGCGAUGCAGCCGCUUCUACAACAUGCGGAACGAGAGCGGGCUGCUGCGGAAGAUCUGCCAGGAGGAGGUCUGCAAAUGCGCCGAAGACAAUUGCCUUCAGAUGACCGCUCCCCGCGGCCAGAGUGAGGACUAUCUCUACGAAAAGGCCUGCGAGACGGGCGUGGACUACGUCUACAAGGUGCAGCUGGAGCAGCGGGAGCCGCACAACAGCACCGUCUAUUACAGCAUGAAGGUCCUGGACGUCAUCAAGUCUGGCACAGACGCGGAGGCGAACGGGAAAGUGAGGAGGUUUGUCUCCCACGCCACCUGUGAGGGUGCGCUGGGCCUGCAGGAGCAGGGGCAGUACCUGGUCAUGGGCCGGAUGUGGGAUCUCUGGCAGUCCAAAGACAGCUACACCUACGUGCUGGGCAAGGCAAGCUUCAUCAUGCCCUGGCUGAGACCGGAGGAAGCCGGAACCGACAGGAGAACAAAAACGUUUCUGCAAACUCUGGACAACUUCGCCCACUUUAUGGGCUGUGACACUUAGAUCCUGCAGGACACCCCCCAUCCCCAUCCCCAUUGCCCCUGCAGAACCCCCCCAUCCUCCAUCACCAUGGUGCCCCCCCCGACUCUCCUCCCCUGUGGGUUGCAGGCGGGAAGCCUGGACCCGCUGCUGCAAUGUGCUCGCUCUGAGAAAACAGAAUAAAUGCUCGACUCGCCAGCCACCAGGCUCCCUCGUGCUGCGUCCCCCCUGCAAGCAGCCCCCACGCCGUCACACUGAGCCCUCGGGGUUCCCAAACAGCCGCCCCCAUCCGGCCCCUGCUGAAGGCAACAGCCAAACAGCUGCUGGCUUCGGGGGCCCAGCCAGGUGCAACACGUCCAGCGCCCUAGAACCCCCUGUAAGGAUGCGGUUCUGGCGGGACCCAACUGAGAGCGCCAAUUCAGGACAAAUCGCUUAAAACAGGGCAGUCCAC